CCAGUGCGCUCGUUGUACGUCCUGGGGCCUGUUCCAGUGAGCUGUGGGCUGCUCCAGACUCACAACAGCUCGGCUCGACGCACCAUGUUUCCAGCCUGUUUCUGCGCCCUGCUCUCGCUUCUUCUGCGCGGUGGGUGCGCGUCUCGCCCGCUGCUUGUGAUCUUGAUUGACGGAUUCCGUUAUGACUACAUGGACGCACUGGACACGCUGCCGGGCUUUAGGGAGCUGCAGCGGCGCGGGGUCACCGUGGACUACUUGACACCGGACUUCCCCAGUCUGUCGUAUCCGAACUACUACAGUCUGAUGACAGGCCGACACUGCGAUACCCACCACAUGUCAGGGAACUACAUGUGGGAUGAGGCCUCCCAGAAGGAGUUUCUGAUCGGGACCAACCCAGACAGCAGGCUACCUCUGUGGUGGGACGGGGCUGAGCCGCUGUGGGUGACUGCUGAGAAGAGGGGCAGAAGUGUCUUCAUGUACUACUGGCCCGGCUGUGAGGUGGAGAUCCUGGGAGUGAGACCGGCCUUAUGUGAGGAGUAUAUUUACAACCCGUCCAUCCAAAACCUGACCCACUCCAUAGAAAGUGCUCUAAAUGCAAUCAGUUUGGGGAAGGCCAACAUGGGGGCUCUGUACUAUGAGAAGAUUGACGUGGAGGGUCAUCACUUUGGGCCUGACUCACCUGAGGUCAGUAGGGCCGUGCAGGAGCUGGAUGGGGCCAUGCAGGCGCUCAGCCGCAGCAUCACGGAGAAAGGCCUGGAGGACAAGUUGAAUGUGGUGAUGUUCUCUGACCAUGGCAUGACUAGGAUCCAGUGGAUGGACAAAGUCAUCGAGUUGGAUAAGUACCUAAACAUGUCAGACAUCACCAAGUUCAUGGACCGUGGCCCUGUGGUCAGCCUCUGGCCCAAAAGGGAUAAGCAGGAUCAGGUGCGUGCUGCUCUGGGGAUUGUCCCUAACAUGCGAGUGUACAGUAAGGCAGAUGUCCUGGAGCGCUUCCAUUAUGGCGGGGGUAGGUUUGUGUCCCCUCUGACGCUGGUGGCUGAGCCGGGCUGGUUCAUCAUCCAGAACAAGAGCGUGCUGCCGUACUGGAAGAACGAGAGCUCGGGGCCGGCACUGGGCUGGCAGAAUGGGUGGCACGGAUACGACAACGAGUACCUGGAUAUGAGGGGCUUCUUCCUGGCAGCGGGCCCUGAUUUCAAAAAGAAUGUCCGAGCAGCCCCGAUACGCUCCGUGGAUGUGUACAACCUCAUGUGCCGGACGCUGGGCAUUGAGCCGCUCCCCAACAAUGGCUCAUGGUCCCGGGUGGAGUACCUACUGAGUGGAGCGGGCAUAGUGUCGUAUGGCUGGGUGGUGCUUGUGUGCUCCGCUCUGCCAGGGCUGCUGCCACUAAGGUCCUAGCUCACACUUUGUGUGUUUCACUAGAGGGAGCUGUGCCACUAGUCCAAGUACAGGCAAGUUGUACUUAAGCAGGAUUUAAAGCUGCAGUAACAAACUUUUUUUAGUAAAUGAGUUGGUAUUGUAACAAUACUAAAAUUUCAAACUUGAUUUUGAUACUAAGCAAUAGACUAGAUACUCAAUACCGAUACCACAAUGAUGAAUAAAAACACACUGUAGACAAUAGAAUGUGAUUUUCAACAUUGAACCAUUGUACAUACAAUGUGGUAUUAUGUCAGUUGUUCAGAUAGGCUCGAACACUUUGCCCCACACCCUCCUAUUGGUCAGCCUCUGUUACAAAGUGAGUGACGGGUGGAUUUAAACAAACAACAAAGUGUAAAAUCGAAGUAACAAAUUCCAUGAAAGGUGAUGAAAUCAAACUUGUGAUCUUGACUCCAGAAAAUAGUGAUCUUAAUUUUUUUGCCAUUUUUUCACAUAUAGCCUGAUCUAUACCUCCCAUAGAAUAACAAAGGGACAUAUUGCCCUAUGCCUCCCAUAGAAUUACAAAGGGACAUAUUGCCCUAUGCCUCCCAUCGAAUUACAAAGGGACAUAUCGCCCUAUACCUCCCAUAGAAUUACAAAGGGACAUAUCGCCCGCCCUAUACUUUCCAUAGUGGGACAUGAAAUGAAAUGUAGCACCUUUCAGUUGGAAAAAGCAAAACAAUCAAAGUGAGUUGAAGAUUUGUGAUGUACAUUGGUAAAAUGUGCCUUUUGAGUCUGGAACAGCACAUUUAUGCACACUUCCAUAUAAUACUAGUGCCUAUAUCAAAUAUACAUCAUGUGUUUACAGUGUGGAUAUGUGUGAAUGUGGCUUCUGUGUACAAAGGCUGCACAAUAUAUAGCAAAAAUAUCAUAAUCAGUAUUAAUUAAUUAAUUAUUAAGCAUUAAUUAAUUAAUUAUUUGCAGUAAACAAUUUAGCAGAAAAAACACAACCCCCCUUCCCCCCAAAAAACAAAACUAUAUCACACUGAAAGACAGAAGUCUUCUGCUGAAAGAAAUGUUCUGUAUGUAUGAAUGUAUAGUUUUGUUAGUAAUGCUGUGAAUAAAUUUGUUAUUUUGUGAGCUGUUGUGUGUUCGUUUCAUGGGUUGUAGAGGAGAGUGAGUGCACCCAUGACGUUUAAAGUUUAAACUGUGUGUAAAAGUCUCAGAAAGAGUUUUGUCAGAGUCACAGAGUACAGUCCUGAACAGUAUAAGCUUGCUCUCAAAAGCCCUUUCUCUUUGGGCAUUUGUUUAGGAGGUGCCAGCAGACCUCCUCCAUGGUCAUACAACAAGACUUCAGCCAAAAGCCAAGUGUUGGAGAAGGAAUCAUACCAGCAACCUUUGUGUCCAGGCGAAUCUUGUAUGAAAAUAGGGGCAUCCAUACAACUGAAUUACACUGAUGCACUGCUCUAUAGACCAUUCACACAUGUACACACUGGUGCACCAGCAGCAAAGUUGCGUCCUUAGGCAAGAUACUUCACUACAUUGUUUAGUAUGAAUGUGGUGAUGCUUGGCUGGAAUCCAGAAUACACACUUCUUUAAUAAUAUCAUUCUGGGUUUGCCCUUAUGUGAGUGUUGGUGGUGGUUGGAGGGGCCGAUGGUACAGAAUGGCCGCUCAUUUCCAGCAGUGCCAGGGCAGCUGUGGCUGCAUUAGCAUAAUGAGUGAAUGAUGGACAAAAUGGUGACUUUUAUUAUUAUUAUUAUUAUUAUUAGGGCAGAGCCUGUGACCAUGUCCCGGCGAGGGACUCAUUAAAACCGCGUCUGGAGCAUGGAAAAUGGCAAAAAUCAAGUAAACACGCCUCGACAUGGCAGUGAGUGGUGUCAAAAAUUAGAACUUGAUGAGCUCUAAUUGUCACAAAGGACCCCGAGAAAAAAUAGCGAAAGACGACUCGGUAGCGCCACCUCAAACUUAGAUUUUCAUGGGGCCAAUGGGAGCCCGACUUGGAAAAAAGUCGACGUAAAAAUCCGAAAGUCACAUCCAAAAAGAGGAAAUGUCAGUACGUGACUAAAAUGAUAUUAUGGCCCCGCCCUAAAAUGUACAGGAAGUUGGCCAUAUUGGAUCAAACCCGGGAAUGACAAAAGUGCACACCCUCACAUUCAGCACAUUUCCUUGCACAGUUUUCAUCACAAAAACUUCAAAUUUGGCCAAAAUUAAAGAUUAUCAAUUACAUUUUGAAUAUGACUUUGGGUGUGGUCAGGGUGAAUUUUCAACAAAAUCGCACAUUUUUAAAUAUAAAAAAAAAAAAUUGACUUUCACACAUUUUUUGUUGGGAAAACGCUAAUACAGCGUAUAUGCACAUUUGUGAGCUGAACGCAAUGAUAUGAAAAUCAAUGCACUCUCUCACAAAAUGGCUCUCUAGCGCCCUCUUCAAUUUUCAUUGUCUUCUGAAUUUUUGAAAAUCGAUUUGUCGUGGACCUGUGAAAAAAUUCACAGGGGCCUCAUUUGUGAUGGGGCACAAUGUGAGAAAGUCACAUGACUGUAGCUCUUAUGGUUUAGGAGAAAAAUAAUGGGUGGAAAAUGCGUUUUCAUUAUUAUUAUUAUUCUUAUCGGAUUGAAGCCACUUUUGACCCCCUGAACGUUAACAAAAAGUCAAUUUUAUUGCACCCAAAAUUCAAGGUUGGUGAAAAAUUUGUUAUUUUGAUGUUCAAAAAAAAUUAACGUAUAAAAAUGACUCAAUAGCCCCACCUCAAAAAUCAAAAUACAUUACGGCAAUGAGAGACCUUUUUCAUAGGUAGACAAAUGAAAUUUGGUACAAACAUAGAACAUGGCAAGACAAGUAAAUAAUUAUAUUAUGACACCACCCAAAACCCUACAGAAAGUCGGCCAUUGUGGGCGGAACCCCAUUUUUUCAAAAUUUUACCUCUCACAUUUGGAUUUUGUGCGCCAUGGAUUUUCAUUCAAGAAACUUGCAAAUUGGUGAAAAUGAACUAGCCCCAUGUGGGAUUAUAGGGAACUGUCUUGUAUUUUUCUACGUCAUAAAAUGUGGGUGUGGCCAGCAAUCAAAGAAUAAAACAAUAUUUUGAAGUGUUAAAGUGAGCAUAACUCACACAUGCAGUGUCCUAUUUCCCGGCAUUGAUAUACAUUUUGUUUAAAAUCUUGAUCUGCAUGAAAUUAUAUACAAUUUACAUAUGUCAGAAUUGUUUUUGUUCCACAGUGCCCCUUGAACUUUUGAAUUGGACCAAAAAAUUACUUUGACAUAAACAUUUGAAAUUGGGCAUGGACAUUUGGCUUGGCAAACUGAACAAAAAAAGCCAAUGAGAACAUACCUCUAUUUGCAAUUAUGUUACCAUGGUAACAUAAUAAAUGUGUCAUGAAAAAUGAAUGGGGUUCAGAGUACUGCACUUUGUUGUAGACUAAAUAGAUGUUCUACACUAGAGGUGUCAAACUAAUUUUCACCGAGGGCCACAUCAACAAAAUGAUCGCCAUCGAGGGCCAGAUGUAACUGUGCGGCAGGAUAAAUGUCACCAAAUGUAAACAAAUGUCAUGUAAAAAUAAAUGUAACUACUUUUAAACUUGUU